AUGGACGCGUCCAUCCCCGGGCGCUAUGGCUUCCGUCGAAAGGCCGAGCAGCGCCAGGCGGCGCUCGACAGGAACUGGGCGGAGGUGAGCCAGCUGGUGGAAGCGGUUCCGCGGGCCCCCCGGCCUGCACUCGCCAUUUGCUGGGAAGAGCUUCCCAAGGCCCUGGACCCGGCCGAGGGCGAGUUGGACCAGGGCAGGGCGCAGCGCAAGCGCCGGCAGGUAGAGAGCCUGGCUGCUUAUGCGCUGGCCAUGCUGGAUCCUGGCGCUAUGGUGGUGGAAUUCGGCGCGGGGUCCGGGCACCUCGGGCUGCUGGUCGCCUAUUUGGCGCCUUCGAGUCACGUGAUCCUCGUGGAGGCAAAGGAGUACUCCUGCAAGGUGGCGCGUGCACGCGUGGAGAACACUGGCAUCGGCAACUGCGGGGUAUUCCAGGGCACAGUGGAUGAGUUUGCGGGCACCGGUCAGGACUUCGGGCUGGCGCUGGGGCUCCACACCUGCGGCUUGCUGGCGGACGCCGUCUUGCGCCUGGCGCAGAGCCGCCAGGCCGCGGUCUGCCUGGUGCCCUGCUGCUACGGCCAGGUGUCCAGCAAGGAGAACCACCACCGCGGCCAGGGCACCGAGCUGCAUAUGCAUCCCUGCAGCCAGGCCAUGGCGGAGGUGUCCUUCGCCUGGUGCGCCAAGGCGGCGGACUUCACGCCUGGCAAGGGCGGCGCCUUUGAUGCUGAAAGCCCUGGCUUUCAAACGGCGCUGCGCUGCAUGCAAGUGGUGGACACGGAUCGCUUGCUCUUUGCCCAGGAGCGAUCCGGGUACAAAGGAGAGUUGGGCCUGCUGGAUCCGGGUUGCUCGCCCAAGUGCUCCGUGAUUUGCCUGCGGCCGCAGGAAGCAGCAGCGAGAGAACCAGCUGCGGAACAAAAAGUGAGAUGA